GCACCGCGGCCCUCUCUGUGUCCACGUCAAACCUGACAGCCGCAGCCGAGCUGAUAAUAAUGGCUGCAGUUGAGGUGGCACUUUCUGGACGCUGUGUUGUUCUGAGGGGCUGAAUACCUCCUGAAAACCUCCUCCAGGACUCUAAGUGGACUACAGGGACCUGAAUCCUGAUCCGUUAUUUGACCCAGGAGCCGGUCUGUCGCCAUGUUUGGUCGGUUAGUUAGCUAGCUUGAUAAAUUCCUCCAGGCGGCCGAUCAGCUGUGAUUACCUGAGUUAAUGAGUCUCUGUGCCUCAGAACCACUUCCUCUAAGACCCUUAAACCUGAUCUACAUGUUUCUGUAGAGUCCAGUUCACAGCUUCAUGACACAGUCCUCAGAUCCGGAGUCUAAGCUAAGCUAGUUAGCCCCGACCCCUCGUCCUCCUCGGCCCCGCUUUGUUGUUGUUGGGACGCCCGGAGGAGAUGACAUCGUGGCUGGGUGGGAUCGGCUCCGGCCUGGGUCAGUCCCUGGGCCAGGUCGGAGGGAGCCUGACCUCUCUAUCGGGACAGAUCUCCAACUUUACCAAAGACAUGCUGCUGGAAGGGGUGGAGGAAGUAGGAGAUGCUGCCACAGAGCUGCAGGUGUCCAAUUCCAGGUUGGCUGAAGUGGAAGCUGCGUUCGGCUCGCAGAAAUCUGAGCACGAGCGAUUAAAGAAGCUUUAUGCAGAGCUGGAGGAGAAGCAUGAGGCGUCUGAGAUCCAGAUUAAAGGACAGUCCGCAGAGUACAGAUCCCUGCUGCAGCAGAAAGACGUGGAGAUCAGUCACCUGAAAGCUCGGCAGAACGGACUCCAGGAAGAAUUCCAGAAGCUGCAGCAGUCGGCUCAGUCGGCGUCCGGCGGUCCCGCGAUGCUCCCCGUCACCACCUCCGCCUCGUCCACCACCUCCUCGUCCGUCUCCUCGUACCUGUCCCGGCCCUCGGGGGCCCACCAGGGCUUCCACGGCGAUGAAAUGGACUUCAGCGACGUCCUCUGGUCGCAGCAGGAGAUCAACCGGCUGUCGUCUGAAGUCAUGCGUCUGGAGUCGGAGGUGGCUCACUGGAGGAGGAUGUCUCAGGCGUCCUCGGCUGCAGGAGGAGGAAACGGUGACCAGAGUGAGAUUCUCAAACUUCAAAGAACUAUAAAGGGGCUGCGGGAGGAGAUGAGCAGCGAGGUGGAUGAACACCAGCAUGAACUGGCCGCUCUGCAGGACGCUCAGCGGCAGAAGCUGGCCGACAUCACGCGGCGGCACAGAGAGGAGCUGGCCGAGUACGAAGAGAGGAUAGAGGAGCUGGAGGAGCAGAUGCAGAGCGGUGGAGGCCGAGCAGCUUCCUCAUCAGACGCCUCCAAACUCGUGGAUCUCCAGCGGACCGUCAGCUCCCUGCAGGCUGACACGGACAAACACGAGAAGCAGGUGACGGAGGCGUCCGCACAGCUGGAGGAGGCGCAGCAGAAACAGGCCUCGCUGCAGCUGGAGAAGGAGGAAGUCCAGGAGGAGAACGCCGAGCUGCUGCAGAACUACACACGGCUGCAGGCCUCCGUGGUGGAGCUUCAGACCCGGGUCCAGGAGCAGGAGGGGAAGGCUCUGCAGAAAGCUCAGCUGGACCACGAGAUCCAAGUGCUGAGGAAAAACCUCACAGACGCAGAAUCAGAAAUAGAGAGACUGAGAAACCUGUCGGAGGGGGAACCAAAGGAAGAGGUGGAGCAUGCAGACAUAUUAGAGCUGAACACCAUCAUCGGGACGUUGAGACAAGAAAAGGAAACCAUAGAAGAAGAAAAGCUCAACCUGCAGGAGAGACUGAAAGAAGCAGAGGAACAAGCACUAAGCAGUAAGGAGGCGGAGUCUUCUGAUCCCGAGGCGUUGGAGGAUCUGAAGGCGGAGCUCCAGAGGAGAGAGACGGCGCUGAGGAACACGGAGGAGGAGAGAGACACUCUGAUGUCAGAGCUGGAGGAGUUAGACCGACAGAACCAGGAAGCAACGCAGCACAUGAUCUCAGUGAAGGAGCAGCUCAGCCUGCAGCUGAAGGAGUCAGAGACCGAACUGAACAGACUGACCGCAGAGCUCGACUCCACCAAAGACAAGAAGAAGGCUCUGGAGCGAGAGCUGGAGGGCCAACAGGAGAAGAUGAGCCAGAGCGCCUUCACCCUGAACGACCUGCACAUGAGCAAACAGCAGCUGGAGGCCACGGUGAAGGAGCUCAGAGACAAACUGGGACAGGCACACGAGCAGAGCAGGGACACACGCCGAGACGUCACAGAGCUGAGGAGGACUCUGCAGGAGAGAGAGGAGCAGCUGUCUGCGGCUAAAGCUGAGCUGGAUCAGACCGGGCAGAGGGGGACUGAAGCUCAGGGGACUGAAGACCAGCUGGCAGGGAAGGAGAGGGAGCUGUCAGAGCUCAGGAGGGAGGUGGAGGAGCUGAGGAGCUCUACGGAGAAGGUGAUGGGGGAGGACUACGAGUUAAAGAUGGAGAACAGGAGGUUGAAGGCAGAGAGCGAGGAUGCGAACAGGCAGGCGAAGGAAGGCCACGUGGGUCUGAACCGAACCGUGCGGGAGAAGGACACCCGUAUCGAAGCUCUGAAGCUGGAGAAGAACCAGCUGGAGGCUGAGCUGAGGCAGGCGGAGAGCACGCUGACGGAGCAGGCGAAGCAGUACCAGCAGACCAUCGAGGAGCUGACCAGAGCUCGCUCCAUGGACGCCUCGGCUCUGCAGACCGAGCACGAGCGAGCCAUCAAACUCAACCAAGAGAAGGACAUGGAGAUCUCUCAGCUGAAGAGAGACGUGGAGCAGCUAGCCUCCGAUCACAGGGACACCAACGAGAUGCUGUCCAUCACGGUGGCCGGGCAGAAACAGCUGACGGAUCUGCUGCAGGAGAAAGACAUCUUCAUGGACACGUUGAAACAGAACGCCUCAGACCUGCAGGCGGAGAUGGAGGACAGCAUUUCAGUUGCAACAAAGGAGGCUGAAUCUUUGAGGCAGGCGCUGGAGGAGAAGGACCGACAGCUGGGAGGCAUGAAGGAGGAGAACAGUCACCUAAAGGAGGAGAUCGAUCGACUCAGGGACCAGCAGAGCAGACCUCAGCCUCUGUCCGAGCCCAGGACCUUAGACAUCAUCACAGAGCUGGAGACGGAGAUCACGCAGCUCAAGUCCUCCAGAAACAGAGUGGAGGAGGAGGUCCAGACUCUGAGGAGGGCCACGGAGGAGCAGCAGGCCUCCCUCCUUCAGUCGCAGCAGUCCCUCCAGGCUCAGCAGAGCGAGCUGGAGCAGGCGCACGCUCGCAACCAGCAGACCACGCUGAACUACGACAGACUCAUCCACGCCAGAGACGAGGAGAUAUCACGCCUGCAGCAGCUCAGCGAGGGUCGAGGUCGAGCAGACUCUCCUCCUGUGCAGGGAGACGUCAUCCUGCAGGAGGAGAAAACUCAGACGCUCAAUCAGGAGAACGGGAACGAGAAGCACGACCUGUCGAAGGUGGAGAUCGAGAAACUGGUGAGAGGCAUCAAAGAGAAGGAGACGGAGAUCAGCCAGCUCAACGAGAAGAACCUCAUCCUCACCAAACAGCUGGAUCAGCUCGUGGUGUCUCGAGAUGAAGUGGGCAAACUCUCCCAGAUGAUCCGGCAGAAGGAUCUGGAGAUCCAGGCGCUUCAUGCCCGAGUGUCUUUGGGUGGAAACAGCAGUCAGGACGUCUUGUUCCUGCAGCAGCAGCUGCAGGCGUACGCGGUGGAGAGAGAGCAGGUCCUCGCCGUGCUCAACGAGAAGACCAGAGAGAACAGCCAGCUCCGCUCCGACUAUCACCGCCUCAUGGACAUCAUGGCGGGGAAGGAGGCGGCUCUGCUGAAGCUCCAGCAGGAGAACCAGCGCCUCUUCAACAUGAGCGACCCCUCAGGGAGCCAGGAGAUGUUCAAGGAGACCAUCCAGAACCUGUCCCGCAUCAUCCGGGAGAAGGACAUAGAGAUCGAUGCCUUGACCCAGAAGUGCCAAACCCUGGUGACCGUCCUGCAGGCCUCCGGGUCAGAGUCAGGACCCGGCUCCGGAGGCGUCAGCAGCAACCAGUUCGAGGAGCUGCUGCAGGAGAGGGACACGCUGAAGCAGCAGGUGAAGAAGAUGGAGGAGUGGAAGCAGCAGGUGAUCACCACGGUGAAGAACAUGCAGCACGAGUCGGCUCAGCUGCAGGAGGAGCUGAUCAAGCUGCAGGGUCAGGUGUCCGAAGACAGCGACUGCAGCUCCAAGCUGUCCGUGGACUACACGCGUCUGAUCCAGAGCUACGAGCAGAAGGAGAGGAGGCUGGGGACUCUGAGUCAGGAGCUGGCUCACGUGCAGCAGACCAUCACCCAGCUCAGCUCCACCAAAGACGUCCUGCUGGGUAAACUGGACAGCGUGGCACAGACUCCUGAAGUCGUAGCUGCUCAGUCCAGCGGACCCCUUCUCCAAGCUGGAGCCCCGAGCGGACCUCUUCUCAGGGCUGAAGCUCCCAGUGGACCGGCGUCUGAUGUUGAGACGCUGCAGGAGGAAAUUGUGAGAUUGCGAGCUCAGCUGGCUGAGAGAGAAAACACAAUCAGGACAAUCCAGGAGAACAACCACCGCCUCUCUAACUCGGCGUCCGCCUCCGAGAUGGAGCAGAGGAGUCAAGCCGAGGAGGUCCGGCAGAUCAGAGAGAGACUGGAGACCCUGCAGAGGUCCGUGAGGGAGAAAGACCUGCUCAUCAAAACCAAAGGAGACCAGCUGAGUCAGGUCAGCGAGUCGCUACGGAACCGCGAGAACGACAACGAGGUGCUGAAGCAGGCGGUGACCAACCUGAAGGAGCGGGCGCUGAUUCUGGAGCUGGACGCCAGGAAGCUGAAGGAGGAGAACGAGAUGGUGGCCUCGCGCUCGAGGGAGAAGGAGUCGGAGUUCAGAGCGCUGCAGGAAACCAACAUGCAGGUUUCUCUGCUGCUGAGGGAGAAGGAGUUCGAGCUGAGCGCCGUGAGCGAGAAGUCUGCGACCGUGGAGAGGAUGCUCAAAGACAAAGAGCAGGGGAAGUCGGGCGAGCUGAACCAGCUCCUGAACGAACUCAAGUCCAUGCAGGAUAAAGCCGUGGCCUUCCAGCAGGAGAGGGAUCAGGUGAUGAUGGCGCUGAAGCAGAAACAAAUGGAGACGACUGCAGUUCAAACCGAGCUUCAGCACAUGAGGGACAAAGAGCAGCGUCUCAACCUGGAGCUGGAGAGGCUGCGAAAUCACCUCCUGGAGAUCGAGGAGUCGUACACCAGAGAGGCUCUUUCUGCAGAGGAUAGAGAGACGGAGCUGAGGAGGAGGGUGGCGAUGCUCGACGAGAAGCUGGCUUCGUCUUCGAGCGCCGUGGAGAAGUCAAGCCAACAGGCCAGCAUGCAGGUGGAGUCCCUGCAGGAGCAGCUGAGCGGAGCGGUGAAGCAGAGGGACGAGGCUCUGAUUCGUCUCAGGACCUCACAGGAGCAGGUCAACCAGUACGCAGUGUCGCUCUCCAACCUGCAGAUGGUGCUGGAGCAGUUUCAACAAGAGGAGAAAGCCAUGUACUCUUCAGAGCUGGAGAAGCACAAAAAGGAAAAAGAGGAGUGGAGGAGGAAAGCAGAGCGGGUGGAAGACCAGGCGUCUUCACUUCAGAUAAACCUCGAUGAAGCCAACGCAGCUCUGGACUCAGCGUCUCGUCUCACUGAUCAGCUCGACCUGAAGGAGGAGCAACUGGAGGAGCUGAAGAAUCAAAUGGAGGUGAGGCAGGAGAUGCUGGAGGAGGCUCAGAGGAAGCUGAUGAACCUCCUGAACAGCACAGAGGGGAAGAUAGACAAAGUCCUGAUGCGAAACCUGUUCUUGGGAUACUUCCACACACCCAAAACAAAGCGUGCGGACGUGCUGAGGCUCAUGGGAAGUGUUCUGGGUCUGACCCGGGAAGACGUGGAUAAGAUGUUGGAGGACGAUGGACGACACGGCGUGACAGGAUGGAUGUCGAGCUGGCUCGGAGGCAGAGGAGCACAAAGCGUCCCGAACACUCCUCAGAGGCCCACGAGCGGACCAGGACUCAACACCUCCUUCUCAGAGAUGUUCGUAAAGUUCCUGGAGAUCGAGUCCACCCCCUCUCUGCCUGCACCCAAGCUCUCAGUCUUCGACAUCAAGCCUCUGAGCGCCCCGCCUUCGAGGAGAACCACCGGUGCUGCUUCCAGCGCUGCCCUGGGAGCUGCAGCCAUCGGGAGGCGACCCGGAGACUCUAACCCAUUCCUGGCCCCUCGCUCGGCCGCGGUCCCCCUGAUGAGCGGUUCUGGUUCCGGAGGCUCAGGAGGAGGUCACCUGCUGAUGAAGCCCAUCUCUGACGCCCUGCCCACCUUCACACCUGUGCCGGUCUCAGCGGAGGCCAGUGCUGGAGCUGUGCUCAAAGACUUGUUGAAGCAGUGAUCGGCCCUGGUGCCAGACGACAGCUUGAUUUUUACACUACAGACUGAGACUCUGGAGCAGUUCUGCUUCUUAUCGCUGCUCAAGUUUUAUUUCCUUCAACAAUAAAUAAUCAGAGAACUCAACGACGUGAAGGGUUACUCUGGUGUUUUUAACCGGGGAUAUAUUUUUACACAUUUUGGGGUCGAAUUAACUCGUAGGUCCAGUUUCUGAUUUUGGCGAACAUCUCCAAGGGGUGUUUGUUUUUGCCGUUGACAGAAUCAGUUUGUAAUUUAACAUUCAAGACAACAUUACAUCAGAUUCCCUGCAGAGAGGGACCUUCUUUUGUUACGGUCAUUUAGUUUUUAACUCCGUCCAUCCAACACAGCCAGACUCCAUUCUUAAAAACGGUCAUUUAACCCUUCAGAGGACACGUGUUGUUGGCUUUCUCCUGAAUGGAUGUUGUUGUUGUGUGACUCCGGCGUUUAACUUGCUGUUUUUGAUCCAACACAAUAUCCAUCUGCUGCACAACUAUGCUAAAAAGUAACCUCUUGACCUCAAACUUUAGAGCUUAAAUGACUGUUUCUGUCUUUGAAGUCUGGUGGAGCUUUGAAGAGAGAGAUGUAAUCGUUGAUUCUUGUUUUAAAAAUGCAGCACACUCUGAGAAGAAGUGUUUAUCCCUGAUGGGAUCCUUUCUGUUUUGAUGUCAAACACUUGAAAUAAGAGUCAGAGCUUAUCAGCUGCAAAAACAAGAACUUUAAAGGGAUAGUUUGUUGUUUUUUAAGUGGGGUUGUUUGAGGUACUUUCCAGUAGUAAGUGAAUUACCCACAGGGGAUCCUGGUUAGCUCGGCCCCUUUGUUGAGAAACCGGCUACAUGCUGCAGACGGGGUCAGCUCUGACUCAAACUCUGAAGUCGAUGUAAGCGUGCGCUCUAUGUGGACAUUUUUCAGUCCUCUACUUUGCCGUCAGAAAGCUCCUUAAAUCAGGUUUAUGAUGUACGAGUCAACUUGAAUUUUGCACUAAUGCUGUUCACUUUGAAACUUUUGCAGAUGACAUAAUGUUGAGCAACAAAUGUUGACACAGUGACGGCUGCAGAGUUUACUUCAGGUCGGGCUUCCCCUUCAAGAACAUACAUGUGCAGUGUCCAUGAGAGGUGCACAAACGAACGAACGGGCUUUCUGAAGUCAGAGUAAAGCACUGAAUCAUUUUAAAUACUGUUCUGCUUUGAUUCCAGAACUCUGACUCCUAUCUCUGGAUUCUGACUUUGAUUCCAGAUUUCUGAGAAGAAGUCUAGAUUCUGACUUUGAUUCCAGAUUUCUGAGACAGGGUCAAGAUUCUGCUUUUGAUUCCGAAAUUCUAACUUUGAUUUUCGAUUUCUGACUCCUAUCUCUGGAUUCUGACUUUGAUUCCAGAAUUCUUACUUUGAUUCCGGAUUUCUGACUCCUAUCUCUGGAUUCUGAUUUUGAUUCCAGAUUUCUGAGAAGAAGUCUAGAUUCUGACUUUGAUUCCAGAUUUCUGAGAAGAGGUCUAGAUUCUGACUUUGGUUCCAGAUUUCUGAGAAGAAGUCUAGAUUCUGACUUUUAUUCCAGAUUUCUGAGACAGGGUCAAGAUUCUGACUUUGAUUCCGGAAUUCUGACUCCUAUCUCUGAAUUCUGACUUUGAUUCCAGAUUUCUGAGAAGAAGUCUAGAUUCUGACUUUGAUUCCAGAUUUCUGAGAAGAGGUCUAGAUUCUGACUUUGGUUCCAGAUUUCUGAGAAGAAGUCUAGAUUCUGAUUUUGAUUCCAGAUUUCUGAGAAGAGGUCUAGAUUCUGACUUUGGUUCCAGAUUUCUGAGAAGAAGUCUAGAUUCUGACUUUUAUUCCAGAUUUCUGAGACAGGGUCAAGAUUCUGACUUUGAUUCCGGAAUUCUGACUCCUAUCUCUGAAUUCUGACUUUGAUUCCAGAUUUCUGAGAAGAAGUCUAGAUUCUGACUUUGAUUCCAGAUUUCUGAGAAGAGGUCUAGAUUCUGACUUUGGUUCCAGAUUUCUGAGAAGAAGUCUAGAUUCUGACUUUGGUUCCAGAUUUCUGAGAAGAAGUCUAGAUUCUGACUUUUAUUCCAGAUUUCUGAGACAGGGUCAAGAUUCUGACUUUGAUUCCGGAUUUCUGACUCCAAUUUCUCGAUUCUGACUUUUUCACAGAAUCCUGAGCAAAAAAAAAAGUCCGUAUUCUGAGAUUAAAGACAGAAUUCAGAGAACAACAAGUCAGAAUAGAGAAAAAAUGUUGAAAUGAAAAAGUCCAAACUCUGAAUCAUUUUUAAAUAGUGUUCACUUUCACCCACAUCAUUGUUUGGGUUUGAGUUACUUUAAAGGAGCUAAGUUAUGUGGUAGAGCUGACCCCGUCUGCAGUGGUUGAUAGUCUAGCUUCCAUUCUUGUUCGACCAAGACUGACCAGAUUCCCUCUUUUAAAAAAAAGGGAACUAUCCCUUUAAGUGGCUUCUCUUUGACUGGGUGCAUGUGCCCCAAAAGGUGACCCUGCAGCGAUUAGAGUCUGCUUUUUUUUUGUCUCCAUGACCCUGAAGUCUCUAAAAAGGACCCCCUGUUUUAAAAUGCCAGACUGGCCCUUUAAUAUUUCCUUUGUUUGAGAGAGGAUUGAAACAAAGUGUUAUUUUUUAAAACCUACUUUUACCUGCAGUUACUGUUCUAUGCAGCAGAAUCUCCCUUUACACGUCAAUCCCUGUUUGUCACACUCAUCCUCAUCGUCAGGUGUUUGAAAGCGAUCAAUGAAGUGACUCCUCAUGAGGACGGGACGCAGGACGGGAACGUUUUCAGCCUCUGGGUCGGUCGCUUUGAGAACAGAGGAGUAGAUUUUCAUAGAAAGUGUCCUUUUGAUCAUCGGUAAGUCUUCGAUUCUUCUUCAUCGCACAAGUUCUGAAAACAAGUGACCUUUCAGACUCACGGUGUGAAGUUGGAUACAUGUGGGUUGAGUUUAUCAUCACCUCUCUCUGCAGAAGGAAACACCUCGUGUCUUUCAGUUUCCAUCCUUCAUCCUACAGCUUUUAUUUCUUGUCUUCAGAGUCUGUUUCUCUUUCGACAAUGCAGUUCCUGAUCCAGGACUCGCCUGAACCGUCUCUGGCAGCAGCCGGCUGUGUGCAGAUUUAUGUGGUUCCCUACAUCUGUUAAAACCAUAAAGAUAUUUUUUGCUAAAUCUUGUCUUUUCCAGACGGCCAGACUGUGAUAUGCAAUAAGCGUUGUAAUUGUGGCUGUGACUGCAGACUGUGGUUGAUCAGAAGCUUGGGACUGCUCUCAUGUUGAAGCACUAUUAUAUAGUUCUAUGUAAAGGGGUGGAGUUUUUCCUAUUUAUGGGCACGGAGGAAGUUUGGGAAGUUAAGUGCCUGCAUUUUUUGCUAAUUAGAUGUAUAAUCAGGAUUGUAAAUGGUUAAUAUAAAUAUAUAUAUUUACUAAAUGUAAAAACUGCACAUUGAAGAUGUUUUACCUGAGCAGAGCCGGCCGUGGUAAAACUGAGCUGCUCAACAUUUUUUAAAGGCACCAAUCAGCCGCUGCAGAAGGAAUGUUACAGGGUUUCUCCGGGUGAAUCCAUCAAAUGUAUAAACUGUAAAUCCUGGCUGUUAAAGAGGUUUUUUUUCUAGAUGUAAAAUCUGAAACUAAGAGGUGUCAGAACAGAGUUAGAUUACCUUGAACCUGGAUCAUCUCUUCCUGAGGUUAGUACCCUGAGACCUGAUGGGAUUUUGAAAUCAAAUAAAGGUACUGCUGACCCUGGA